AGAUGAAAACUCCAGGACAAGGGUGCAAGUAUGUUCCAACUCUUAGGCCUUCUAGGAGGGCACAUUUUGGGUGUCUCCAGCAGCUUAUGAAUAUGAUUGGGUAUUUCCGGAUUUUAUGGUGUUCACUUCUUUCUAAAGUGAACAUAUAAAGGAAAAAAAAUAUCAAUUACAUGGCUGGAUGCUGUUUUUAACGCUGAGAACCCUGUGCUAAACGGCAAACAAGGUAGAAUUCAACAUUGUAGACUAGACAAACCUUUGUAUAAAGAUGAGUAAUGGAAUUCUGACCAAUAGAGAUCACAUGCAUUCUAAUGCAAUUCCCGAAGAUCAUGUCAUGACAAUGGAAGCAGAAAAUUUUAACGGCAUUAAAACUACUAUUACAGUCAUUAAUGAUUCUGGGCUACAAGAAGAGCUUAAUCCUGAGGCUGACAUCCCGCCUGCUGAAAGUGUCAUCCGCUUUAGCACUCCAGUGCAAAGAGAGCAUAAGCAGUGGGCUUCUUCUGUUAUUGACCUACAAGAAAGUCCCUUGGGUUACAAAAGCUUUUUCAGUUUGGAAUGUGAUAAAUUCAUCAAUGAGCUACAAAGUAGAGCAACGCAGGGUUGGAGUCCAAGCAAAAGGAAACUUGAGCAACUGGAUAUCUCCACAAUUGAGGCAGAACCUCCUCCCCUAUUUUGUUUCACCCCCAAGUCCCUCUUGGAACAAACUACUAGUUAUGCCAAAAGGAGAAAAAUAGAUUAUGAAGAUGAUGACAGGAAACUAUCACUACUUUCCUAUUCAACUAAACAAAACAGUCCAAGAACUUUUCAGGUACAAGGUCUGGAAACAGCUCAUCCACAGCCACAUGUACCCGCCAUAGGUCAGAAGAGUACGCCAAAACCAUUGUCUCAUUCAAUUCCGAUGAAUUUCCAAAAUCGUGAAAGUUCAUCCCCUGCUCAGGAAUUUAGAAGUUUCUUUGCGGCAGAGUGUGAGAGAAUCUGCAAUCUUAUUAAGAGAUGUGACAGAGAGCGGAUGAUUGCUAAUGUGUCUUCCAUUGAAGCUGAGCCGCCUCCAUUUCUGUCUGCCUCUAAUAAUUCUACAAUUUUGGAGAUUGGUAGCAUGUGCAAGGAGAAUUCUGCUAUGGGUGUUAGUCAGCUUGAUUUGGGAAAGAUGAAUCUGAACUACUCUAUAACUGAAAGGAUUGUACAUUUACUGAAGGCACCAGACCCUGUGCCGUGUAAAAAGAAUGCAACUGGGCCAAAUGAGACAGUGAUGGUCCCCAACACUUCUCAGGACUCCGUGAAAAUAAAUACAGUAGCUUCUCUUGCAAAUACCACACAGGACAUCUGUUAUGUAGAAUCGAACGACAUUGCACAGGAAAUUGUUACAGAAUAUAAUCAAUUUCCCAUUGCAGAUGUCACGCAAGAAAUUAACAUAAAGCUUCACAAAGAGACUGAAGCUAAUACUAUACAGGGCAUAAUAAAAAGGAAUGAGGCUGCGAUAAUCUGUGAAAGCCUUUCUCUUCAAGCGCCUGAUGAAGUGCCCAUAGUAAAUGCCCACCAAGAUCAAAGCAUGCAUGCUGAAGUGUCUAUAAUAAAUAGCACACAAGUAGUUUUGCCAUCAGGUGACUGGUCGGCAACAAAUGCCAUUUGCAAUAACCAGGCAACGUGUACCAUAAUGUGUAUACCUGAAAAUCGUACUGAAAUGGGAAGUGAGGACUAUGUAGCAAAUAUCACACAAGAUAUUGGAGUAAUACCUAAUAAAGCUUUGCAGAAUGUUAGAAGAUCAUGUAGGAAGGACUCUAAUGCCUCCCAGGAUGCCAUGAGCACGAUCAAUGAAGAGUGUGUAGCGGAUAGAACACAAGAAAUAAUGACAACAGAGAAGUUACCAGAAGUAGAUGUGACAAUGGAUAUUGGGCCAACGGGGGCCACAGGAAUUAACCGUGAGAUCAAGGAUACAAACACUUUGAAAGUUUGCUCUGAAAGCCCAAUGGAUAGAAAUGCUGUUGAUGCCCAUCUGCAAAAUGUGACUCUUAUUAAAAUAGAUGCAAAUGUAGUGAACAACAUCCAGAAUGCUAUAGGCAGUGCCAUGAAUAAGACCUUUACACAGUGCAGGGUGAUUGAACCUAAUGUUACUCAUGACAUUAUAUUAGGGAAUCGGGGAAGAAUGACAAACACUAUACAAGACUUAACACAAUCAAUUUGUUAUAAUGAUGCAUCAGAUAUCCCUCCGGGCAUUAGUAUAAUGGAUGAGAAGCCUAAGAUCAAUGUAACAGAAACCUUAAUGUUCGUUCCCAAUGACGUCACUGCAAGUGACAGGUUGCAGGGCAGAGGUGAUCUUACCAAAGUGAUAGCAACAAACUGUAUAGAAUUAGACAAUCCGUACGAAAAUGUGUGUGAUCAAGGUAGUCAACCUGAGAAAACAAGGUCUCUGUCGCCAAUAACAGCCUUGGCGCACUCCUCUCCAAGGUGCGGAAGCAGGUGCAGCAUAAAAGACUUUAGUAAUACUCUAGACCUGACUGAGCUUGUCCAAGAUGAGAGUGUCUGCUUUAACAGACCAAUCCCCUUUAUUACUUCUACACCUCUCCCAACUUUUAGUAACCAUGUAUUUAUUAAAAAGUCAUGUGGACUACCUGUAAAAUCAAAACCCAGUCUGUCCAGCGGUUGCCAAGACAAUAUAAAUAAAGUGACUAUGGCACAAAGGGCAACAAUGCCUCAACUGGCACUUACUGGACAGUCAUUAGGUAGAGACCCCAGAACAAGAGGAGGAACUUCUCAGGGUCUACAAUAUCCCAAAAUUUCCAAAAUUGCUACUCCAAAAGUAACAGAAUCUAGAUGUACACAGCCUGCCCCCCGCAGUAAACUAGCACUAUCGCUUUUUAAAACUCCACAGACUGUCAGGUCAGGGGUUUCCAUGAAAGAUCAAGUGGCUCUUGGUAGAACCAAUAUGAAACCUUUACUAGUCCCAACUAACUUGCCUAGAAAAAAUCUGCUGUAUAACCAGCCGUGUGAAAGUGGAGCAUCAAGUGCUAAACUGCAGCAACAAACUCCAGCAAACUGCAGAAGGACUGUCAAAGAGGGUUUUAAGAGAAGAACCGAUGUGUCCAAGCUUCCUGCGUAUUCAUUGUUAAAACCCCCUUCUGGCCAUUCUACCCCUGGCUGUCAAGUAUUUACUGGGAAAGGCCCGAGUAUUUCUGGUCCUCAUAGUGCUACCCGUAUCUACAAAGUUGCCUCAGUACAUCCAUCAUCUGUACCUGGAAGUGUCCGGCAGGAUCAUACUUUCAUCCUCCCGUCUAAACCAGUAGGUUCCCAAAUACCAUCCAAAUUGAAGCCUUGUACCUCAGGUUUACCAGUACGGAAAUUCCAAGAAGCUUUAUUAAAGCCUAGUACCAAGUGACUACAAAGAACUUUGUGUGCCCUCAUGUCAUAUAUGAUGACUUUACACUGUACUGAUCUGUUUGUUUGC